AUGGAUUUCACAGGCAAUAAUAGUCAUCAAGUUCAGUUUUCAGCUAAGCUUGAAUUAGUUGAUGUUGAUUAGAUUUUGAAAUACUCACUCGCACUUAUUAACAUUCUGAUGGGAAUUCAAAACUUCAAUCAUAUUCAUUACAACUUCUGGCUUGGAUCACCUUCUGGUUUAAUAUAAACAAUCAAGAGCAUCGAGAACUAGGGAAUAGUUGAUACCAUUUACGAUAGAUAUGAAAAUUAGUCGAGCAAUCUUAAAGUUCUCGGAACUCAUGACAGUUACUUUAUGAAAAUUCUAGUGAGUACAAGAUACCUUCUUAACAAGGUAAUGCUAUUGUUUAGUGUAGGUGGAUAAGCCUACUCAUCUUAUACCAUCCUUGGUGCAAACUAAUAGAACUCAAAUGUUGUCUUAGAAAUAUGGUCAUGGAUGAAGUACCUAUUAUAUACCUAUGCAGGAGUAACUGUUCUGAUGUGGUUUACUUCAAUUGCAACUGCUCCCUCAACAAUGAACUUCUUCAUGUAUGUUUUAGUCUCAUUUGUGGGAUUCUUCUUCCAAAACUAAUAGUUUAAUACCCUUUUUGGAGAAGCCUUGCCAUUUUAUCUUAACUAUAGAUAUAUCUCCAGACUUUGA